AUUUAUAUUAACUACUGCUUUGCUAUAACUAACAAAUGCUUGAUUAAAAUGCAACAUAAUAUUGAUAUUAAAUUACAUGAUAAUUUUUUACAAACAUUGCAAAAUGCUCAAAGAGUAUCUAUUGAUAUAGGAGGCUCCUUGGCAAAAUUAGCAUACCUAGUCAAUGUACCUAGGAAAAAAACUAUUUACAACAUUGAUGGCAAGGAAGAUAUCUGUGAAACAGAAGAAAUGGGUGCACAAUUACAUUUCAUAAAAUUUGAGACAAAAUGCAUAGAAGCAUGUUUAGAUUUCAUACAGAAACAUAUAGCAACCUUACCUGAAUUUCAAUCUUGUAAAGUUUUAAAAGCUACUGGUGGAGGAGCUUAUAAAUAUAUAGAUUUGAUACAGAAGAGUCUUAAUUUCAAAGUUGAAAGGGAAGAUGAGAUGGAUUGUCUGGUUCUGGGUUGCAAUUUUUUACUUAAAAACAUCCCGGAUGAAGCUUUUUCCUACCACAAAUGUCGCAAUCCUGAAUACGAGUUCCAAAAUAUAAAUGAUAGUGAUAUCUACCCUUAUCUGCUCGUUAAUAUUGGAUCUGGUGUCUCUAUACUCAAGGUUGAGAGCGAAACAAAAUACACAAGAAUAGGUGGUACAUCUAUGGGAGGUGGUACGUUUUGGGGGUUAGGCUCUUUGCUGACUCAAGCUAAAGGUUUCGACGAACUUUUAUCUUUGGCCGAGAGAGGGGAUCACAGGAACGUAGAUAUGCUGGUUAAGGAUAUAUACGGAGGGGAUUACAAUGCUCACAAUUUACCAGCUAACCUUAUAGCCAGUAGCUUCGGCAAAACUGUUAGAACAUCUGCUGCUUGGUACCCCCCUGCCAACGAAGAACUCGAAAACUGUGGCCCUAUAUAUUAUGAUGAAUUGGAUGUUAAGAGCGAUUCUACUUAUCCUUCGGAUAUUGAUGAUAUCCAUCAGUCUGCCAAUUUGAUAUCUUUCGAAAAAAUUACCAUAAGAGAUGUCAAAACCAUCCCUCUUCUUUCACCACAAAAUAGCCAUAACAUUAAAAAAACACCCUAUAUUGCAAAUGGUUCAAGUAAUUCUUCCAUGCAGAAUAAUAGUUUUAUAUCUGAAUUAUACGACGCCGAAAACGAUGUGAAGCAGCCCAUGGACCAAUGUUUUAAAGAAACGAAACUUAUUGAUUUUUCAAAUAAUUACGGUAACCAAAACAUAUAUUCUGAAAAUGGCGCGAAACAAUGGCUAGGCCAAGGUUUUGAGAGGAAAGAUUCUGAAAGGUCGAAAGGUAUAAAAAACAUAAGUGAAUAUAAUACAAGGUCCGACUUGUUUUGGAAAAAUACGAAACCCGUAUCAGAUGAAGCGAAUGAUAACUACCUAGCUUCGCAACAAAACACAACUAAAGAGGAUAGCGGGUUGAGGAAAAAUUCUUGUUCUGGUAAGAGGUUUAGGGAGGAGGAUAUUGCGCAUUCUUUACUCAUAGCCAUAAGCAACGACAUAGGUCAAAUAGCCUUCCUGAACGCCCAACUUCACCGGUUAACCAAAAUUUACUUUGGAGGAUUUUUCAUAAGAGGUCACCCGGUCACUAUGCACACCAUAACUUACGCUAUCAAUUUUUGGUCAAAGGGUCAAAUCAAACCAUUAUUCUUAAGACACGAGGGAUAUUUGGGCGCUGUAGGAGCUUUUCUUAAAGGACUCAAGCCAAAUGAAGAAAACAGUUCAUAUUCGUGGUGCGAAAAUUAUGUGGGAAAUUCGGAUAUUCAAAAUCCUCUUGUCCAUGAUUUCAACCUUAAGCAUUCUCCUCCUUGCUUGAAAAAGAUGGAUUUCUUGAUGUUCGAAAGGUUCGAAGGCAAAUUAUGCCGACUGAAAUUAUUAGCUAAUCCCGAGGAAUAUAUUCCUGAUCUUGAAGAUUUAACAAGGGAUACGGAUGGAAGAAACUAUUGGUUUGAUCUGUUCCUUAAAUCGCUUGAUAGGUACGCUGAUCAAGCGAAGGCAAGUCAGCCUGAUGUCCCCGAUGUUGAGAGCAGGGUUAAAAAAUUCAGGGAACUCUAUUGUGCUCGUCUCAUCUACCUAUCUCAAAAUAUCUAUGCAUACGGGCAUUUAUCUGUUCGCAUACUACUGGACACUUGUUUACAAUGUCUAUCUCAAUGCGGCUUUAAUGACCCAUACUUAAAAGAAAAGAGACUUGAAAAUGAAGAUGCCCUUAAAUUGCUUCCAUCUUAUUAUUCUCUAUACAUUCUUAAAGGUUCGGGUUCAGAUUUCAUUAAUAAUUCUUAUUCAAAUGAUGUCGGAAAUUUGAAAAAAAAUUACGACAGAUUACCUCUUGAAAAUGUUAUUAUAUGUCCCGACAGUCAGCUGACUCUGAUACGUGGCAUCUUGGCUGGUAACAUAUUCGAUUGGGGGUCACGUGACAUCCUGCCCUUGCUAGAAUCACGUGACCCUGAAACAGGCCAAUCAACGCUUACCUUUUCUAGUGCGCUGAAUAAAAUACCACCACGACCUUGGUUAAUAGAUGAUUGCGAAGCAUGGUUUCAAAACGUUAGUCAUAAAAGUUACAAAUGUGCCGCCAUCUUUGUUGAUAAUAGUGGAGCCGACCUUAUCCUGGGCAUAUUUUGCUUCACCGAUAGAUUAUUAGCUCUAGGAACUAAAGUAAUACUCUGCGCUAAUUCGAAACCAGCUUUCAACGAUGUUACAUAUCCCGAACUCAUAGUUUUGGCCAAUAGAGUUGGUGAGCAUUUGCCUGUCGUGCGUUCUUCCCUUCAAAAUGGUUUUCUCAUCAUUAUGGAGACGGGUAGUGGGUCACCUUGCAUUGAUUUUAUGCGAAUUAACGACGAAUUGAACCGCAUCUUCGAAAUUGAAGGAGUAGAUCUUCUGGUGCUUGAAGGGAUGGGCCGUUGCGUUCACACCAACCUUAACGCCCUUUUUAAGUGUGACACUCUUAAGAUCGCAGUCCUAAAGGACGAUUGGUUCGCUAAAAGAUUGGGAGGCCGUAUAUUUUCUCCUAUCUUCAAAUUCACGCCCGCCUCUCGAUUAUAAUUUCAAUCAUUUUAAUUUCCAAUUUGAUGUGCAUUUUAAUCAUUCAUCUUGAACAAUCUUUGUGAAUGUAUUACUCACUAAUUUUCAUAUUUUUAUUGCCGAAUUUAGUCUUUCAUUGUUGAUAAUAUUUAUCAGUCAAUCAAACUAUAAAUCCUUUU